AUGGUCUCACAUCUUUUGUCUUCUUUUGUUCCUUCAUUGGUUAUGACAUUAGAUAACAAUCGUUUUGCUACAUUUGCCACAAAUUCACUUAAAAUUAAGAGUCUUUGUGUCAAAAGGAACAAUUUCGAAGGUCAAGUUAAAAACUACUUCAACAAGUGUCUUAAAACAGUUAGUUUGCAUUCAACAGAAGAAACAGUUUUAAGUGUUGACAGAUUUUGUUCAUUAGUUUGUUUUAUUGGUGUUAAUUCAGCAUUUUCUGCAGUUGAUUCUAUUUUAGGCCAUCGAUUUUCUCAUUCAAGUUUUGAUGGCGUUUUUGUGUCAACAAAAUUCACAAAUGAUCGAAUUUUUAUUCCAUUAGUAUUUGAGAACAAGAAGAUUCAAAAGAAAGAUAUUCAGAAUGAGAUUGAUUUUUUAGUUUCUAAGCAGGUUCCCGUUGUUUUAGUUUGUGGUUGCAUCAAUGACUGUUUCGAAUACGAAGGAAUUGAUAAACUUAACAUUCUUUCAUUCAUUUGCCCAGUCAAAGAAUCAAAGAAGAUUUUGAGAGAAUUUGUUUGUAAAGAAAUCAAUUGUUUUGAAGAAUGUGAUGAACAAAUCAGUGAAGUUCUUGAAACCGUUGAAAAUGUCAAAGGAACAGAUGCUAUUAAAUCAGCGAAAGAAGUUUUGUCUUUGAUUGGAACUAAAAAAGCUUUCAACAACUCAGAAAUUUCUUCUAUUUUGAAAUUUAUCAACUAA